CUCAUGUCACCUUUGCUGCUAUCUGUCGCCAUUUUGGCUCAAGGCCUUUGGAGUUGAGACUCUGCUUCGCUGUGUGGCGUGCCCAGCAGCCUCCAGGGCAGGAUGGGAAGCUGCGUCGAAGCCUUCAUUCCGCACCGCGAUCGUGUGAACGAUGUGGGCAAUGAGCACGUUGUCGAGAACGACCCCUUGAUCACAGCUAAAGACAGCGAGACGCUAGCUCAUAUAGGAUACCGUUCAGACGUGGAUGGACUGCGAGCCGUCGCUGUGCUGAGCGUCAUCGCCUACCACAUGAACGCAGGAUGGCUGCCAGGAGGCUAUUCUGGAGUCGACAUUUUUUUGUGUGAUUUCUGGAUAUGUUGUGACCGCGUCUCUGCUCAGUCACUCGUGCGGCAGCCGUUCGGAGUUCUUCUGUGGGUUCUACGCCCGCAGGGUCAAAAGGCUGACCCCAGCGCUGCUAAUUUCCAUGGCGUCCUGUGGACUCUACAUCGCUAUCAUGGUACCGCCUAUGACUCCUCACCUGGAAGACAACUUCGCAGCCGCCGCCAGUGCACUUUGCGGCGCUUCCAAUGUGUUCUUUGCGUGGCUCUCCCAGCAGACUGGCGACGGCUACUGGGACGAGAUGACGGGGCAGAGCAGGAACGCCGCCAAUCCAUUCGUGCACACUUGGUCUAUUGGGGUAGAGGAGCACUUCUACCUGUUGUUUCCUCUUCUCGUCUUGCUCGCGCACGGCCGCCGAGUUGUUGCCUCGGCUGGCUGCCGUCCGCCAUGGCCGGCCUCCCUUAUCAUCUUUGGAGCGUUCGCUGCUCUUUCUGGGUGUGCAUCGCGGGUGAUGACCGUGCACGCGCCAGACAUGGCCUUUUAUUUGCUGCCCGCGCGUUUUUGGGAACUGGCGGUCGGUGCCAUCCUUGCCGACGCCCACGCUGCUGGGAGGCUGGACAUGACAGCGGACGGGAGAAGCGCAGCAGUGGUGGGGGCUCAGGACCUGGUGGCCACACUGCUAAUAGCCUCGAGCCUAGUUCUUGACACGGUCAGCGUGGGCUUCCCCUUUCCCGGCGCGCUGCUUCCCGUUGCGGGCGCCGCCUGCGUCAUCGUGGCAGGGCGGUCCGAGUCGAGCGCCCUGAGACGCGUCCUGGGGCAGGAGCUGCCAGUGUACAUCGGCAAGCUGUCCUAUCCUCUCUACCUGUGGCACUGGCCUGUGCUCAAGCUCGCUGAUGGGACUGUGGUGGAAGAUCUGCCCGUCGCCUGGAGGUACUUCCUGCUGCUCUCAGUCAUGCUCGCGCUGGCCUCCGCGACGUACCACGUUGUGGAGGGGCCUUUCCGGUCCUGGCGGCCCCGGGCCCACUGGCACGCGUUCGCCGUGCUGCUGCCCGCCGCUGUCGUCUUGGCGGGUUGCAUGCUCGCACUUCGCGGCCCGCUGUUCGGCAAGCUGAGCGUGUCGGCAGGAAACUCAUUGAUCCCCUCCGCAGCCACGGAGUCGACCUCGAGCAGCCCAGGGGACGACGACCUCGAGCACCCCGCCCCCACGAGCCAUGCCCUGGCCUUGACAGGUUGCGCGUGCGGCAGGGUUCCUGAAUUCACGCAUGCGCCAGCGACUGCUAACGAUGGCAGGCAUGGCCAGCCAUGCUGCUUGGACAUGAGCGGUGGCACUGAGCUGGACAAGAGCUGCUGGGCCGUCUAUUAUCGCUGCAGCGGCGGUGAAUGGUGCGACGGCGAGUGCGAGCUUCAAAAGAAAAAUUGCACGCAGGAAAAGCGCAUGGACGAAGCACUGACCGAGCUCUUCGACAGGCAGAAGCGGCAGUGCUUAUCGCCAGCGACAGGAUCACAGAGGAAGCCCACGCUCUUCUUAUUGGGUGACUCGCACGCGCUCUUCUUCAAGCAUGCUCUAACGCAGGCAGUGGGCGGCAGAUUUGAUGUGCGUUCGUGGGCGAGCGUCCACUUCAUCGAUGGCUUUUGGGAAUCCAAACUUGAUCCCGUCAGAGGAUAUCCAAGUAAAAGGUAUCAUUCCGAGCUUCAGGAGCUGAUCGCAGACCAUCUGGUGCCUGGCGACAUCGUGGCCAUCGGCCUAUACAUAGAUGGGCCUCUCGGCUUACACGUUGACAUUGUUACGUCCUUCCUGAACGAUUGGGUAACAAUUGCCGACAAUAAGAGUGCCAGAGUCCUCAUGCUUGGGGAUCAUCACUCGUACAGGAAAUACUGGCCAGAUGUCCCCACGAAGUGCGGUAAUAAUGGGUUGCCAGCGGAUCUGCGCAGUCAUUGCUUCCCUAACAGGCAGGACGUGAUGAACUCGACGAUCACCUUGAGGCUUCGGGAGUUGCAGAGGACUUCCAGUUUGUUGCUCUUUGAGUACAGGAACCUCUUCUGUCAUGGGGACAUCUGCAUGCCAUUCAUUCCUGGCAGCAACGUCAUGGCGUACGAGGAUGCCAGUCACCUGACGCCAGCUGGCUCCCGGUACGUGGCGCCCUUCCUCUGCGAGUUCUUGAAGAAGCAUGGGCUCCUUCAGAACGGCAGCAGUACACGGUAGACGCGUACCAGACAGGGUGGAAGCAGCUCUAAGAGUGCCGCCACGUGUCUCGCUUGCGUCGCUCCCCGCUCUCCUCUGCCUCGCCCGCCUCCCCCCCCUCUCUCUCACGAGCUGCGCAGCUACCCCUCGCACAUCGUUGGGGACAGAGGCCGCGACGACGGUCCCCCGAGGCGCUGUGCGACUCUCCGUCUUUCUCUGCGCGCCGCCACGCGCGUGGUCAGCAUGUUUCGCCCAGUUGCCGCUGCGCCGUCAGGGCGCGGCUUCAUUCGUUCGUUUGUUCGCGGCGCACGAUGGCGGCGACGUGUUCGUUGGCCAAAAGACGCCAGGGGCGCGCCGGCGUCUCCCGCAAGAGCUCCAUCAGAUCUUUCCCCCGCAGACAGUCGAUCAGUCUCUCGGCCGCCAGAGAGGGGGAGAGGCACGACUGUAGACAGGUUGCGUUCCCUAUUCCCUCCGAGCCGCCCUUUCCAGAUUGGCGGCGAGUGCCGAAUAGUACCUGUUUCCUCUCCUGGCUAGUCUUGCGAUGUCUCAAUCUCUGCCCCCUGUCCAGGGUUCGGGGCAAAUGUUAGCGUUACAGCGGAGCACAAAGCAAUACAUUGAAAGUUAGAAGAACCGUUUUAUCAAUGCACGGUUUGGUAAAAGAGGCUUGUCUUCUUUUAUUCAUCAGGACUGUAGAUCAUGGCGGGUAUCCCUCCGCUGCGCUGGUCUUGAGAUGGGCGCGAUGAGAAGCGGGAGGAGUCUGCCGAGUCACAAUGACGAACACACGAAAAAAUGCCCCCUUUGCUGCUAUCAGGGUGCUUUGCUAGGGUAAGUUUUGAAGUACUUGGCGCACGUAAUUGCUUGAGCUGCGCGCAGUGCCGAAUGGGCCAUGAGCGCAAGUGGGAAACGCUGCCCCACGAAUGAGGAAUUUCGCCCGUCUCGGAUUUGUUAGGUGACCUUUCGGAGGCGGUAGUUUCCAUCGUGGUCCGAUCGGAUUCGUGUUUUUAGAGAGGUCUCCGCCUCCUCCUCACCUUCCGCCUCCUCCCUUGGCUUUCCUUGUAUACAGACAUC